AUGUUGCUCAGGAACUCUAUAGCCAAGACGAAGAGGUUCUUCCACAAGACUGUUGAAAGCUUUAAAUCCUUGCUAUCUGGUGGCUAUGAGAAGCUACCCAAGAAACCUCCCUUCAAUUCCUGCUCUUGCUCUGGUGGUGCCGAUUUCUAUUCCCAUCGAAGUUUCGGAGAAUUAGACAAUUUCUAUGGAGAUUUCACCAAUCGAUGGGAUUCCUCUGAUCCAGAAAAGGAUAAGAAGAGAAACGAGAAGAAAUUGCCACAUAUUUCUGAUAAACAACAGCCCAUUGACCACGAAGGAAGCUUUUUGAAGUUCGGAAAGCAGAGUCCAGCAAAGAUCAGGGAUGAAGAGAGAAGAAGAGAACCAGGGAAAGAAAUGAGGAGAGAAAAUAGCCAUGGAAGAGGAAGAGAAGAGAUGGGUUCUCAUUUGGUGGUGGUUCAGAAGCUGAAGGAGCUGGAGAUGAUGGAUGCGAGUGACAUAGAACAUGUGUUGGACAUUGAAGAGGUUAUCCAUUACUACUCUCGCCUCACCUGCCCUGCCUAUCUCGACAUUGUCAACAAUUUCUUCAUGGAAAUGUACUCUGAUUUCUUCCUUCCUCAACCAUCUUCUUCUUCGUCCGUCAAUUACAACCAAUCUCGCCGGUACAAAUUCUGAU